AUGUUUCUGUAUUCAGCACCAAUCCUCCUUCUGCCUUUCCUUGCUCACCCAUCACCCUGUCUCCUUGAAUCGCAUAACAGGCCUCAGCCAGCAGAAGACAAGACGUGCACUGCAGCAGCGGCAUCGAGCCUUUUGCGCGAGCUCGGCGAGAGGGAGGAGAUGGAUAAGGAGCAAUUGUCGAAAGCAGCAGACGCCAUUGACAAUGCAUUGCUGUGUCUGCUUGACGCUCUCACGGACCGAAGGAGGAGGUCCGGGAGGCCCGAUUCUAGCUCAUUACACCGCGUGCGCGACAGGCCAGAUUCGCCGCAAAUGGCGCUCUGCCAUCCAUUCGACCGUUGCGCAACGACGCAGCAUCUCAUCGCUUUCACCCCGCGAUCUCUAUCCGCGCGCUCGUCGCAUAUCUCCACAAAUCUCCGCGGUUUCCCAUGCCGUCCCAAACAGCAAAGAGCCUUCGAGAUUCGCCACUCACGUGUACUUUCAGCUUCGAUAAGAGCAAACUCGUUACCAUCAUCCAGCCACUCCACAACAUCGGAACCUUCCUCGCUCCUACCCACCGCGCAUCAUUCCCCCUCCCCGCUUCCCCCCGCGCCGCUUCCCUGCCCCUGCGCCAUCUGCUCCCGCCGCGCGCUCAUCUCCGCCUCUCUUCUCCUCUCCGCCUCCGCGCUCCCCGAAAACGCAGCCGACUCCGCCGCUUCCGCCGCGGCGGCUUCAGCGCAGACGGCGGAGGCGGCGCAAGCGGCGCUGGCGGCGGUGCGCGGCUGGAAAUGGCGGUGGCAGGAGGAGCUAUUCGCAUGGAUGAUGGCGAACGGUAUGAAGGAGUACGAAGAGAGUGUAGAGGGGUACAAGCUGUCUCUAUUCGAGCCGCUCAGAUCGGAAAUCGGUAGAGUAGCAGCAGGAGGGCAGGGUGGUGAAACGGCUGGUGGAGGGACGGUAGAAGCUGGAAACGAUGCGGUUUUUAGAUUGGUGGAGAUCGGUGUAGGGGCUGGCCCCAACUUCCGCUUCUACACCGAGAACUCGUUACAGACACAAUCCGCGCCAGGUUUUGAGGUUGUAGGUGUAGAUCCGAACCCGUCGAUGCAGCCAUAUGCCGAGGCGUCAGCAGCGGCAGCAGGGUUGGCGGGAAACCAAUUCCGAUUCGUUCAAGGCGUGGGCGAAGCGCUCCCAUUGGACGACGGCUGUGCUGACGUGGUAGUGUGCUCGCUGGUGCUGUGUUCGGUCGCUGACGUCAGGCAGUGCGUCAGCGAGAUAAAGAGGAUUCUCAAGCCUGGAGGGAGCUACUACUUUCUGGAGCACGUGGCGGCACCGCAGGGCACUGCUCUGCACACCUGGCAGCGACUGCUGGACCCACUGCAAUCCGCACUGGCAGACGGGUGUCAUCUCACACGCAGUCCUCUGACUUCCAUUAAGUUGGCGGGGUUUGGCGCGGUGCAAGCAAGAGAGGUGAUGGUACCGGGGCUGUCGCUGUUGGCGCCACAUGUUGUCGGCACGGCUAUGAAGGCUUAG